AUGGUUAUGGCUGAGAAGGAGAAAGGAAGACCGAGUCAUUUUCAUUUGCCGGAAAGUGCAGCUGAGGAACAAGUCCUGGCUGAUGAAGCUGUUCCAUCUUCUACAAAGUACAAAAACAAAUGGGCUUUAAAAAUAUUUCAGGAAUGGCAGCAGCAAAGGGAGAUGAAAGUGCCACUUUUAGAUUCCGGUGGUCUUUUCAAAGAUUAUGAAUUGCACAAGGUUAAUCCUGUUAGUUGUAAAAUAGAGGAUAUGGAUGCGAUAUAUCUUAACUACUGGCUCACGAAGUUCGUAAUGGAAGUCACCAAAGAUUCAACGGAAAGGUAUCCACCCAGAACUGUGUACGGGAUAGUGUGUGGUCUGAAGCGUCGUUUGGGAAACAAAAAUGGCGAUGAGGCAUUGAAUCCACUUGAUGCUCACAAUAAAAGGUAUGGGAAAUUAAGCACGUUGUUUUUGCUUGUUUGGUAUUAUUGAUUUCGGGAAUAGUUUCAGUUUUUAUUUUAAGUAACAUACUCUUGUUGGUGGAUUAAUUGCAAUAGGUUCGGCACUUUUUGGCGUGCCUCACAUGCAGAGAUGAAGAAUGCUAUGAAAGAAGGCCUCCAUAUCAAGUGCCAAAAGGAGGAGAAAGAAUUCGUCACUGCCGAAGAAGAAAGAAAAUUCUGGGAGAUGAACUUAUUAGGAACGAGCUCAGCUAAGUCGUUAUUGUAUACAGUGUAUUUUAACAAUGGAAAAAUCUUUGGUUUACAAGGUGGAGAUCAUAGAAAUAUUGUGUUAAGUAAUUUUGAGCUUGGGUCUAAUUUUAUUAAGUUUCAAGAAAAUUCUUGUAAAACAUUUCAUGGAGGAGUCUCUGAUUUGAAACAUAUUCCCAGAACAGUUAAGCAUAUCUGUCACGAAGAAGGGGCAAAACACGAGCCUUGUCUUGUUGAAAUAUAUCACUUGUAUAUAGGCUUAGUGGAAGUCUUUGCAAAGAAUGGUAAUGCAUUUUACUACAAGGCAUCUAAGGCCAAAUUUGGUUUUGAAAAAGUUCCAGUCGGUAUUAACACUCUAAAUAAGGUAUUGCCAGAUUUAUGUGAGGCAGCAGGGGUAAAACAGAAAACUGCGCAUUGCCUACGCAUCACAUGUGCUUCGUCUCUUUUUAAUGCUGGGGUAGAAGAAAAGCUUAGACGUGAGCGAACAGGACAUCGGUCCAAUGCUUUAUUAAAGUAUGAGAAACCCAGCGAGGAAAAUAAAGGAAAGGUAUCUUAUUUGCUGGGUCUAAAUGCUGUGUUAAGUACUUCCAAAGGGGAAACUUGUAAACAAGAGGAUGAAAAACCAUUAAGUUCUUUAUUUAAUGCUGCAUUCCACGAGGGAACUUUCCAGAAUUGGAAUUUUCACGUUGUGAAUAACUUUUGGAAGUACGAGAGUGAACAAUUGAUUGUAUAGUAAUUGAGGCUGCUAAUUAAAAUUGAAAUGUCUUGAUCAGUGUUUUCAUCAGUUUUUGAACUAACUGGAGUAAUCUUGACCUAGAUUUUCAUUGGGUAUCAAGAUACAUCCAGCUGACGAAAAUGGAGCACUCCGAUUGGCUUUUAACCGUAUGAAUAAUUAAUUAGUUUGAGAAUACAUUUAUCCCUAUCUUAAAGUAGAGUUAUUAUCCACAUUAGACUGGAGCCAUCACAUUGAUAACAAACUCAACAAAGCAAAUCAAACUCUCAGCUUCCUGCGAAGGAAUCUUAGCAACUGCCUUGGAUCAAUUAAGGAAUUAGCUUAUAAAGCACUAGUGAGACCUCAUCUAAAAUAUGCAGCCAAGUAUGGGAUCCAUGGAUGGAUAAGCAUACAAGGGGAAUAGAAGCUGUACAGCAGUGAUCUGCACAAUUCGUAAAAGAUUGUUGGGAGUGAACGCCUGGAACUGUCACAAACUUCUUUAAUGAUUUGGAUUGGCCCCCUCUACAACACCAGAGAAUCAGAGAAAGAAUUCCCAAGCUACAUCAAAAGGCACAAUCGCCAAAUAUGAUCCUCUCAAAAUGACAGAUUUAUUGAAUUGAGACCAAAAACUGGGGCCUACAGAAACUCUUUUUAAUGCAGGACAAUAAAGGAAUGGAAUUCAUUGCCUAGCAAUGUUUUAGAUAUAGAAAUAAAACCAUCAUUUAAGAAAGCACUUAGAUAAGAUUACAGUAACUAAGGUUUUUAACCCAUUUGUACCUGAGCCACCCGUCACCACGCGUGCAGAUCCACGUUCUUUCUACCACUUGUGACAUCAUCAGUGUUAACGGUUGAGGACAACUUUGUCCGCUCACUUGAACAGUGAAGAGAUCUUUCAAACCAUAUCAGAAUGAGCACAAUUCAGAUACUAGACACUAGAGAAAAAGCCUAAAAACCAUGUAACAUUGACCUGAAAAUUUCCAAGAAAAAUCUUGUUCCACUACCCACCAACCUUUCCUUUCAUCUCAGCAUAAGAUCCUGAAAGUUUUCAUAAAAACUUUUCCCACCAAAAUAAAGCCUGCUAAAUGCCCAGCAAGAGAAUAAAAAUGAGGCAAGAAAAGCGAAAAAAGAGGGGAGGAGAGAAAGAAGAAAUUUUGCUUUCUCCCCAUGUCCGAACUUUGCAAGCUAAUAUUUUACAUCUGGAUCAGAAGGCCGCGAAAUGUAUGACCUGUAAACAGCUUGGUGGUAAGUUUUAGCUCUUUAUGACACAACAGUGAAAAAAUGACAACAAAAUGCUUUUUUCGGCAAAAUCUCCUGGAGGGAAUGAGUUAACUAGCAAGUGACAUUUACUGUAUAAUAGUAUUAGUAUUUUAUCUCAAUUUCCAAUUUUUUCGAUUUACCUACUAUUUAUUUAUUUAUUUAGUUAGUUAGUAAGGUAUUAUUUAUUUGUUUGGCUUUCUGCAGGGCUUUCAUUAGAAGCAGGCUACUGCCGGAGCUCCGGCGGCUGCGUGUCAUCGAGUCACUGGCUACUUGGCCAUGUUUGUCAGCAAAUACUUCAAAAAUAUAACUCUUAAAAUGUUUACAGCCUACCCAUUUUUCAGUUGAAAUAAAUCUGAUAAAAUAUAGCGCACUCUUGCCUUGAGAAUUUUGGAAUAAAGCAUAUAUAAAAACGAUUUCUGUACCGCGACGGAUCACAACUGAUUGAGGAACGCUUAGCCAUUUUCAGCGGUAUCAUAAUGAAAUUGAGCCUCGAUCCCAAACUAUUACCACGUGGUUGGUUGAACAAAGAUGGCGGCCAAGCGUAGCCUCGGACAAAGUGAAUUGUUUUCAUUCUUUACAAAGAAACCACGCACCGGAACAGGUAUUUUGAAUAAAUUUUGACUUUGCAAUUGUUUUCUCAUAAACCCAUUGUGUUGUUCUUCGCUUAGUUAAGAAUAUUAAUUGCAGAAAACAAUGUGACACAUUGCAAUGAUUCAGAUGACAACCCAACUGAAAGUAUACCUGAAGUCACAGAUCAUGCCUCGUCAUCUCGGCAAUCUUCCGAAACUCCUGAGCCAGACAGCGGGCCUUUAGCCAAAGAAAUGAAAUACUUUGUUCACUCAUCGUUUGGAAAUUCAGUCAACAAACCUGUACACUAUCACAGUUUUUACACUUGUCAAGGGAGCAGAUGUAGUUCUGUCACUCAAACUGAAAUGAAU